AACAACUUCCAACCGUCUCUAGCUUUUACCUUACCCCUCUCGAUCCUCUCUCGACUAGCUAGCUAGCGAGCUAGAUCGCGUCUCGUCGUCCGUCCUAGAUCACAGCGACAGCGACCUGGGAAUAUAUACUGCGCGGGCGGUACGUAGUGAUCGAUCGAUCCGUCCAAGAUUCACAAUUCAGCUCGGAGCUGCACGUACGCGCGAUUGAUCAUGGAGCUCGCCGCCGGUAGGACGACAGCCGCCAUUGCGGUGCUUCUUGCGCUCGCCGUCGCCUCGAGCUUCCUUGGUGCAGAUGGCGCCCGCCACCACCACGCCAAGCACGCCAAGCGCAACUCCGCGCGCCCGCCGUCGCAGGCUCCGGGCCCGGCGGCGAGGCACGCGCCGGGGCCAUCGAGGCACCACGGCGCUCCGGCACCUCACCCGUCUCGGGGCUCUCCCCCGGCCCCGCCGGCGAACCCGCCCUCGUCCGACGACCCAAUGCCGGGCGGGCCGUCCGCCGCGCCCGCGGGCGCGGCCACUGUGUACGACGUCGUCAAGGACUUCGGAGCCGCCGGCGACGGCGUGACCGACGACACCGACGCGCUCAAGACCGCCUGGGACACCGCGUGCCAGGACGACGGGGCGGGCGUCGUGCUGGCCGCCGCCGGCCACUCGUUCCUGGUACGCAACACCGUGUUCACCGGCCCGUGCCAGGGCAGCGUCACGCUGCAGGUCGACGGGACGAUCGUCGCGCCGAGCGACCCGGCGACGUGGCCGGCGAACAACAGGCGCAACUGGCUCAUCUUCUACCGUGCCGACGGCGUGUCGCUCGUCGGCUCCGGGCUCAUCGACGGCAAGGGCCAGAAAUGGUGGGAUCUCCCCUGCAAACCUCACAAGGGUGGAAACACUCACGGACCAUGUGACAGCCCAGUGGCGAUGAGGUUUUUCACGAGCAACAACGUGACGGUGCAAGGGCUGAGGGUGCAGAACAGCCCGGAGUUCCACUUCCGGUUCGACAGCUGCCGCGGCGUGCGCGUCGACGGGCUGUCCAUCAGCUCGCCGGCGCUGAGCCCCAACACCGACGGGAUCCACGUGGAGAACACCCAGGACGUGCUGAUCACCAACACCGUCGUCUCCAACGGCGACGACUGCGUCUCCAUCGGCGCCGGCACGCUCAACGUGCACAUCGAGAACGUCACCUGCGGGCCGGGCCACGGCAUCAGCAUCGGCAGCCUCGGCAAGGCCGGGACGCGGGCGUGCGUGGGGAACGUCACCGUGCGGAACGCGGUGAUCCGGCACUCCGACAACGGCGUCCGGAUCAAGACGUGGCAGGGCGGCUCCGGCUCGGUGUCGGCGGUGGCGUUCGAGAACGUGCGGAUGGACGCGGUGCGCAACCCGAUCAUCAUCGACCAGUACUACUGCCUCUCCAAGAGCUGCGAGAACGAGACCACCGCCGUGCUCGUCGACGGCGUCUCCUACGCCGGCAUCAGGGGCACCUACGACGCGCGCAGCCCGCCCAUCCACUUCGGCUGCAGCGACGCCGUGCCCUGCACCAACAUCACGCUCUCCGACGUCGAGCUGCUGCCGGCCUCCGGCGACACUGUCGACGACCCCUUCUGCUGGAACGUCUACGGCAACGCCGCCACGCCCACCGUGCCGCCGGUGGCGUGCCUCAUGGGCGGCGUGCCCAGGAACUACGAGGAGAGCAGCAACCACAAGUGUUACUGAUGAUGACGAUGAUGAUGAUGCCUGCAUGCAUGGUUUGAGAUAGACAUAUAUCAUCCCCUACAGUGACUAGCUUGCUUAAUUAGAUGAAAAGAAUUUACAAAAAAAAGAAGAGAGAGAGAGAGAUAGAGUGAUAAAGUAAUUAAACUAGUGCAGAUAAAAUUAAAAGGAAGCCUAAUUAAAGCUAGCAUGGAGUUAAAGGAUUAAUUACUAGUGUAUAUAGAAAGAUGAAAAAUGUAACAGUAAGAUGUGAUUUGUGAGCGAAUUACUGAAAUACAGUAUAUAUCUAGAAUGGUUUGUUUUGCUGCAAUGGAUCAAGCAAUGUUGAAUUUGAACUUGAAAAUUUGUGAGAUGGUAGGUGCUCAUUUAUGUACGUCUGUCUUCAGUUUGUUUAUGCAUAUUA